AUGGCUGAUGAACAGAUUGCCGUAGACCCCGACUUUGACUCCGCUCUCGAUGUUCCCCUUGAAGAGCCAUCAACAUCGUCGCUUCGAUCCAGUCUCCUGCAGUUUGCACAGGAGAACGGUCGUACUUACCACAAGCUCAGUGAAGGGAAAUAUGCUUUCCCAAACGAUGAUGCGGAGAAUGAUAGGUUAGAUCUUCAAGAUAACCUGUACCUUAUCACGUUAGAUGGGAAGAGGGCCCUUAACCCUGGAGCCGACAAUGCAAAGAGAGUGUUGGACAUGGGCACUGGAACUGGUCUCUGGGCACUCGAAUUCGCCGAUGAGCAUCCAGCUGCAGAGGUUAUCGGUGUAGACCUCAGUCCGAUUCAACCACCAUUCGUGCCUCCUAACUGUACCUUCGAAAUCGAUGACCUCGAAAAAGAGUGGACAUGGAAGCAACCCUUCGACUUUAUCUUUUGUCGCAUGAUGACGGGAAGCUUCAGUGAUCCACAAGCCAUGGCUCACAAGGCUUAUGAAGGUCUUAGCCCAGGUGGUUGGUACGAGAUUCAAGAUAUCCAAAUCCCUGCAUUCUGUGAUGACGGUACCCUGGAUGUCAAGACAUCACCCACCCUAAAAUGGCAACAGGGUCUCAUCGAGGGCUCCCGGAUGCUUGGCCGUCCUCUUGGCGAAUCCGAUAAGUACAAGUCGAUCGUCGAGAAAGCCGGCUUCGAGAACGUCGUGGAGACCAUCUACCGCUGGCCAACUAGCAGCUGGCCCAAAGAUGCCAAGCUUAAAGAGCUCGGAAAGUGGAACCUUGUCAAUUUCGAUGCAGGUCUUGAGGGUGUCAGUCUUGCUCUGUUUACCAGAGUUCUGGGUUGGUCCAAGGAAGAUAUUCUGAGACUUUGUGCGGAUGUGAGGAAGGAGCUAAGGAACCCAAAGGUUCAUGGGUAUUGGAAGAUCUAUAUCGUCUACGGACAGAAGCCUGGAGGGAAGAAGGAAUGA